GAAUGAGCAUUUCUCUCUCCUCCUGAUGAAGACGACUGUGCCAAAUCUUCGCAUCAAAUUCCUCGCUCCUUCUCCGCGUCCUAUAAGAACCCCGCUCUUCCACUCCCUCCAUGGCGUCUUCGUCUUUUUCUUCUCUUCGUUCGCUCCUCUUCUCUUCUCCCAUUUCUCCCUCUCCUCGUUUCUUUCCUUCUAGGCUCGAUUUCUCUCGCUCUCUCUCCUUCGGUUUCGAAUCGGCGGCAGUUUCGUCGAUCGGCGGUGGGUCUUUCCGGAAUCUGGUCGUUAGCCGGAGAAAGGCGUUGGAGGCAACAAGCAUGGCGGCGGAUAAGCGGAGGGUGGAGGUGUUCGACGGCGAGGAGGACCUUGCGGUGGCCCUGGCCAAAUACACCGCCGAUCUCUCCGACAAGUUCUGCAAGGAGAGAGGCGCUUUCACCGUUGUUCUCUCCGGCGGCUCACUGAUCAAGUCGCUCAGGAAAUUGGCAGAACCUCCUUAUGUGGAUUCAAUCGAUUGGUCAAAGUGGCACAUUUUCUGGGUGGACGAGAGGGUUGUUCCCAAGCAUCACGUCGACAGCAACUACAAACUGGCUUAUGACGGCCUUCUCUGCAAGGUCCCGAUUCCGGAUGGUAACGUGUACGCCAUCAAUGAUGCCCUCAAUGCCGAGGGUGCAGCUGAAGACUACGAAACCUGCAUCAAACAACUGGUGAAGAACAACAUCAUCCUCACAUCUCAAUCAUCCGGCUUCCCGAAAUUCGAUCUCAUGCUUCUGGGUAUGGGACCUGAUGGCCACCUCGCGUCACUCUUCCCGGGACAUCAUCUCUGCAACGAGAACAAGAAAUGGGUGACCUGCAUCACCGACUCUCCGAAACCGCCACCCGAGAGAAUCACCCUCUCCUUCCCUGUGAUCAACUCGGCCGGAUACAAUGCCAUGGUGGUUUGCGGUUCUGGGAAAGCCGAAUCAGUGGAGAAGUCUCUGAAGAGCACUGGGAAUUUACCUGCUGGUUCCCUUGCAGCUGAGGACGAACUGGUUUGGUUUCUGGACAAAGCAGCGGCUUCGAAGCUGUGAAGUGAAGUGUUCCUCCCCUAACGCAUCUUAAUUUGUGACCGUAAAGAUGCAAAAACUAUAUCGGACUGUGUCGGUAAUAAGCUUGGUUUGCUUUUAUGGUUAUGGUAGCAAAUCUGAUGCACGAAUAAUGAAAUUGUAGUUUCAGAAAUGAAUAUUAUGAUUUAUGAGAGAAUAAUGUAUGUGUGAUGA